GGGAGAGCGGGUCUCCUUGGAGCUUCCCCUGUUGUGCGGGGGCUGUCAUUGACCCGGCGUCACUGCAGAAUCGAGGUCGCUGAGUGAUGAUGUGAAGUCGCCCGCCCGUCCCUGCCACGCCCGGGUGGUUACUGGCAGCCGCGGUAGCUUCGGCUGCUGCUUUCAGGCUGCCGCCUCUUUAGGGGCUUCUCCCUGAGGGAGCGCGAAUGGAGGACGCCAGACGCCGGGCCAUUCCAAAUAGUAACUUUUUCACUGGAAAUUCAUCAAGCUGGAAUGGACCAUGAGAAUAACAUGAAACAGACUCUUCCAGUUCUAGAACUUUCUCAGUGAAUUUUUUCGUGACUUUCAAAUCUUUGCUGUUGCAUUGUUGUCUUUAUAAGAGAUGGAAAUUUGGACACAAAAAGUCAUCAGAGAUGCACCUGCACAGAGUAAAAAACUGUGUGAGGAUUUGUCAAGAAGACCAAGGAGAGAGGCCUCAAGGGAGACCAAACCUGCCAACACACUAAUCUUGGACUGUACCCUCCAGAACUGUCAUGACUGUCCAAGCGAUGAUAAUCACAUGAGAGCAUUCAUUGCUGCAGAUGCCAUUUGACUCAUCAGAGAAAAUCUGUUCAAAAGAAAACAUCCUUAUGACUACAUCUAUUUCUUUAUUAAAUGGCUUGAUGGAUUUCCUUUACCCUGAUUCAUACCAAAGCUGUCCUUUUCAACCAAAGCAAGAAAGGGUCCUGCAUGAGUCAAUCCCAGAAUGCCAUUUUUACAUCACCAACAGGUGAAGAGAACCUCAUGAGUAGCAAUCACAGAGACUCGGAGAGCAUCACUGAUGUCUGCUCCAAUGAGGAUCUCCCUGAAGUUGAGCUGGUGAAUCUGCUAGAGGAACAGCUACCACAGUAUAAGCUAAGAGUAGACUCUCUCUUUCUGUAUGAAAACCAGGACUGGACACAGUCACCGCAGCAGCAGCAGCAUGCAUCUGAUGCCCUCUCUCCAGUCCUUGCUGAGGAGACUUUCCGUUACAUGAUUCUAGGUACAGAUAGAGUGGAGCAGAUGACCAAAACUUACAAUGACAUUGACAUGGUUACACAUCUCCUCGCAGAGAGGGAUCGUGAUCUGGAGCUAGCUGCUCGAAUUGGACAAGCUCUUUUAAAGCGAAACCAUGUCUUAUCUGAGCAGAAUGAAGCCUUGGAGGAGCAACUGGGACAAGCCUUUGAUCAAGUUAAUCAGCUGCAACAUGAGCUAUCCAAGAAAGAUGAAUUACUUCGAAUUGUCUCCAUUGCUUCUGAAGAGAGUGAAACUGAUUCUAGCUGUUCUACACCUCUUAGAUUCAAUGAGUCCUUUAGCUUAUCUCAAGGUUUGCUACAGCUGGACAUGCUACAAGAAAAGCUCAAGGAAUUGGAAGAAGAGAACAUGGCUCUUCGAUCCAAGGCUUGUCAUUUAAAGACAGAAACUUGUACUUAUGAAGAGAAGGAACAACAGCUUGUCAAUGACUGUGUUAAAGAACUUCGUGAAACAAAUGCUCAGAUGUCCAAAAUGACUGAAGAAUUGUCAGGGAAGAGUGAUGAACUGAUUCGUUACCAAGAAGAGAUAUCCUCACUCUUGUCUCAGAUUGUAGAUCUUCAGCACAAACUUAAAGAACAUGUUAUUGAAAAGGAAGAACUAAGACUUCACCUACAAGCUUCCAAAGAUGCCCAGCGACAACUGACAAUGGAGCUACAUGAGUUACAAGACAGGAACAUGGAGUGUCUGGGAAUGUUACAUGAAUCCCAAGAAGAAAUAAAGGAACUUCGUAGCAGGUCUGGCCCUGCCGCUCAUCUCUACUUCUCCCAAUCUUAUGGAGCUUUUACUGGGGAAUCUCUGGCAGCUGAGAUUGAGGGGACCAUGCGUAAAAAGUUGAAUUUGGAUGAGGAAUCUCUCUUUAAACAAAAAGCCCAACAGAAACGGGUAUUUGAUACUGUCAAGGUUGCAAAUGACACACGGGGCCGCUCUGUCCCAUUUCCAGCCCUGCUGCCCAUCCCAGGCUCAAACCGUUCCAGUGUCAUCAUGACAGCAAAACCUUUUGAGUCUGGUGUACAGCACACAGAGGAAAAAACACUCCCAAACCCAGGGAGCAACUUGGAGGAGGUUCCAGGGCGCUCUCAGUCAGUGAGCCAACCAGAGCCCUCUGAAGAUAGUGAUUUGGCUACAGCACUGCAUCGCCUUAGCCUGCGUCGACAGAACUACUUAAGUGAGAAGCAGUUCUUUGCCCAAGAGUGGGAACGGAAGAUCCAGGUUCUUGCUGACCAAAAAGAAGGGGUUAGUGGCUGUGACACUCCCACAGAGAGCCUUGCUUCUGUUUGCACCGACCAGUCAGAGAUCACAGACCUCAGCAGUGCCAGUUGCCUUCGAGGCUUUAUGCCAGAAAAAUUACAAAUCGUCAAGCCCCUUGAAGGAUCACAAACUCUACAUCACUGGCAACAGCUUGCUCAACCAAACUUGGGAACCAUUCUUGAUCCACGACCAGGUGUCAUUACUAAAGGCUUUACCCAGUUGCCCAAAGAUGCCAUCUAUCACAUCUCAGAUUUAGAAGAAGAUGAAGAGGAGGGUAUCACUUUUCAGGUUCAGCAGACUCUUCACGUGGAACAGAAACCCACAGUAUCCAAACCAGUAACAGGGAUCUUCCUACCACCCAUAACUUCAACAGGUGGACCAGUUGCAGUUUCAACCUCAAACCCAGGAAAGUGUCUGUCAUGCACGAACUCGACAUUCACCUUCACCACCUGUAGGAUAUUACAUCCCUCUGAUAUCACUCAGGUUACCCCUAGCUCUGGAUUUCCUUCGAUAUCCUGUGGAAGUAGUGGGAGCAGUUCAUCAAACACAGCUGUGAAUUCUCCUGCCAUGUCCUAUAGACUCAGCAUUGGUGAAUCCAUCACAAACCGUCGAGAUUCUACUAUAACCUUCAGUAGCACCAUGAGCUUGGCCAAACUUCUACAGGAGCGCGGCAUCUCUGCUAAAGUGUACCACAGCCCAGUUUCAGAGAACCCCCUUCUCCAGCCUCUUCCUAAAACCCUGGCUAUCCCUUCCACACCUCCAAAUUCCCCAUCUCACUCACCGUGCCCUUCUCCCUUGCCCUUUGAGCCCCGAUUGCAUCUCUCUGAAAAUUUUUUGGCCUCCCGUCCAGCUGAAACAUUCCUCCAGGAAAUGUAUGGCUUGAGACCUUCCCGGAAUCCUCCUGAUGUGGGUCAGUUGAAGAUGAACCUAGUGGACAGGUUGAAGCGACUGGGGAUAGCCAGAGUGAUCAAGACCCCUGGCACCCAGGAGAAUGGAAAAAGCCAAGACGCAGAAAUUAGUCUACAAAAAACAGAUUCUGCUGUUUAUUUAAAUUCAGGAAGCAGCUUAUUGGGUGGACUGAGGAGGAAUCAGAGUCUUCCAGUCAUGAUGGGUAGCUUUGGUGCCCCUGUUUGCACCUCCUCACCCAAAAUGAGUAUCCUGAAGGAGGACUGAAGCUUAUCAUUACCUGACCUCUUGUACAUGAAGGAUAGAUACGCACUGAUCAAGCAAUCUGGUCUGACUUGAGAGAAAAGGAAUGUUGCAGAAGGAUUGUGAAUGUGGAGAGGGCAGUGGAGGCGUGGAAACAAGAUUAGGCUGAGGUCCUUGUGGAUGAAGUCUGGUAAAUUGAAAGUAUUAUGGAAUGAGCCAUUAGUGUUUGAAGACAGAAAAGAAAGGCUUAAUACACUCCUUCAGUUGAGUUUUCUUGUCUUGAAAAUAAAAAGUGAAUAGAAAACAAAUUCAGUAAUAUUAGAACACAGCAGAAAACUGAACUUGCUGACACCUUUACUUCUAGUGAGCAUAGCCAGAAGAACCUGCCUAGAAGGAUGGGGACAGAAAAGGAGAAACAUUGACGUUGCUCAGAGAAAGCCCUUCUGAAGAGUUGGUGUGGUAACCUCAGUCUGUUACUCACAGUAGCGAGAUGCCCAAAUGUUACUGCUGAUGUCUGGUUAAAUUAUGUGUCCAUCUAAUGGUGUGUUCAUAGCAUUAGCAAAACAAGGAAUCUUAUCUUUUUCAUUAGGUCAUAAGUUGAGACUCCUUUUUUCCUGUUUUCAGGCCUUGGAGCCACUGUGAACUCAAACACCAUCAAAUUGAAUUGUAUUAAUGAUUACUGAAAGCUCAUUUUUAAAUUUGUAUUUUUAUACAACAUCCAAACAAAAAAAACAAAAUGUGGGUAGGGGUUGGGAGGGAUUUACUUUAAGAUGAAAAAUAUGGGUAAAUUAGAACCAAGAAAACUUGUUUUUAGAAUCUUUUUUGGAUAAUACAGUGGCUAAGGAAGACAAACAUCAAUUGCAUGUCUUUCGAAUUUCCUUGGAGGCUGGAAGGGGUUAAACCAAAAGUGCAAUCGAUAGGAAUUAGGUUAUGUUGUAUAUUUAUAUAUGUAAAAAUUUUUUUUUAAGGAAAGUUGGUCACAACUUUUUCCAAAGUGCGCUAUGCAUAUUUUUAAUGAAAGAUGACGUAUAUUUGCACAAAAAUUCUCAGGCACAUUAAAUUAUUAUAAACUGAAGUAAAACCCAGGUGCUUGCUUUGCAAGUGUGUUCUGUUGUUGUUUGUUGUUGUUAUUUUGUUUUUUGGGGUUUUUUUUGUUUUUUUUUUUUUUUGUUUUUUUUGUCCUAAUAAAACAUAUCUGCCUCGUACUUGGUUUUCUGUAGAAUUAGAGGACAAACUUUACCGUGGAAGAGUUAAGCUUCUUCUUUUCUCUGGAGUUCUUUUUUGACAAACCAAAAUGGUAAAGUGAGACCAUUAAAUUAGGUUUCAAUAUUCAGCAUUGUCACAGGAAGGCUGUGAAUUAGGAAGAAGUCUUUCUGUUUUCUAAGUGUUGCUGAUCAGGGUCUUGUCCCUCAUCAGAUGGCAUGGCUUUGUCUGAGUGGGGCUGUUCAGGAGGGAAUAUCAUUACAUGAAAAAUAUGAUAGGGAGAAGAUGAGGGAGGAGACUUGUGACUUUGUUCAUGAAAACAGGAGAUGCAUCACUUGGUCUUUCUGGUGCUUAGUUUGCAACUGCUUUGCUGUUUUGUCAUUAAUUAACUGAAAGACAAUUUUUCUGAGGAGAUCUUGACUCCCACUCCUGUGGUCCCUAUUCCCAGGCCUAUUCCCAGGCCAGGGGUGGUCCUUCCUCUCUCCUUUCGAGGUGCCUCCCCUAUAUAAAGAGCUAUGUGCUCCAAAGAAAUAAAAAACCAACACACAUACACAGUGGUAAGAAUGUGUGAGUUUUUCAUACUUUUUAGAAUAUUUUAAUAAAACUUUUCUAAAUAAAUUCCUCAAAAACAAAGGGUAGAAAUAGAACUUCCCAUUCUUUCCCUUUCGCUCAGCCUUGCUGAUGUCAGCAAGCAUACACGCACACAAUCAGAAAGGAUUCCAGGCAAGUAAGUAAGGCAUUAGAAUAGAAUGUUAGAAUUUCCUAAAUACUCGAACACAUUUUUUUAAAGUGGCAUUUGAAUUUCUACUCUGUAAAGUAACUCUGGGGUGCUUACUUUAGCCAACUCUUAAAGCUUUUUAUUUGUUUCCUAAGAAAGUAAUCUUCCUGUUGCGUGGACAUUUAUAGUUUCCAAGAAACAUCAGGAAGUAGGAAAAUAUAGGGUUAGGAAGUAUAAAGAAUGUUAAAUUAUCAGAUUUAGAUGCAUAUUAUAUAAAUCUCUUUCAGCUAGAUUUUGUAGUGUUCUGUGUUGAGCAUAAUUUUUUUAUAUUCAAUGCUUAAAUGGUUACUGGAGGCAGAGUGGGUGUUUUAGCAACCAAAUAAGCACAUCUGAUUAAAGAAAACCAGACCUGGGUUUUUGAAAAUUCAAUUGAUACUGAUGUCAUCAGAAAUAUUAUGUGAAAAAAUGAAAAAUUAUAUGCUGGUGCAUGCUUGUCUCUAGAAAUGUAUCCUAUCUUAAAACUGGGUUUUGCUGUUUUUGAAGUUUCCACCUAAAUCAUUUUUGGUACAGCCUGAGAAUCUCUAUUAUAAAACUACCUGCAAAGCAUAGUAAGAAGAGCUAGAGCCUCACAGCAAGUUCCUCCUUAGUUUCUCUUGUAUGCUUUGGUUCUGUUCAUAGUUUCUUCUCUCGUUAGCUGGAUCUGUACUUUCAUGCUAGUAUAGGAAACCCCAAUCUUUUUGUUUUUCCUCCAGAUUUUUCAGUGAUUAAUACCUCAGGUAUUUCUGAGUAUCCUGUUAUCUAGUAGGAGAGAUAACCUUCUUGAGCUCAGAAUUGAAAGUUCUCCUGAAUUAGGAAGAUCCCAAAUCUUAUGUAAAUAGCUGAAGGCAUGGAUCUUUAGGGAGAAGUUAACGAUUAUUGUUACAAGUCUUUUUUUUAAAAACAUUCUUGUGCUAUAUGCCCUUGAUUUGACAUAAAUGGUCAGAUUUUGGCAAGGGAGGAAAUAAAUUAGAGGUGCACAACAAGAGCCUAUUCUCUUUUUAAAAAGGUAUAUUUUGCACAGUAUUCAAAGUUGUUUUUCUGACCAUUCUAGUACAUAAUUAGUACUGGGUGGUUCUAACAUCAACUUUGGACAUCUGGAACUAGGGUUGUCAGUAUUUAGUGCGCCGUCCUUUGCACAGGGACCUGUAGUCCAUGUGCAUCACAACUGUGCACAGUGUUGUAAUAACUGUUGCAUCACGGAGCAUAGACCCCUGGGAGUAGGCACAAGUGCCCUCUGUUUGGGACAGCCAGGGAAAUACCAUUGUGUGAUGUCUGGGAUUUGACUUUGUCAAACAACUCUUUGUGCACCUUUCUUUGCUUUGUAAAAUGUAAAUCAGAUAAUAAACAUGAGAAGCUUCUUAAUUUUU